AAACACAGUGUCAUUUAUCUGUGGCCUGGCCUGUGGGAAAGUUUUGUUUUUUCCUUUGCAUUAGCAGAGAAAGUAAGAAGCAAGAGUGAGACUGAGUCAUCAAAAGAGUUGAGGAAGCAUUCGGUUGGGAAUCCCUUCUCUGCAAAACCAAAACCCUAAAAGCCUCUCAUUGCGAUGAACCCUCCGCAGGCGAAGCCAUCAGACACCAUGAAAGGCGAAUGCGGCAACUGCCGGCUGAAGGAGCGGUGGCUCUUCCACCGCCUCUCAAUCCGCGGCAUUGAUCGGCGCCUCUGCACCUCCUGCGUCCUCCGCCUCCACCCCUCCUUCUUCUGCCCCUCCUGCUUCCAUUUCUUCGACCACCCUCCCUCUGCGCACCGUUUCGUCACCUGCACUAAGUGCUCCUCCUUCACGCACCUCGACUGCCUCCCCUCUCCGCCUCCCACCACCUUCCUCUGCCCCCCCUGUUCCAACCCCGCCUUCUCCUUCUUCCCCGACGCCAACACGCCCAUCGACCAACGCCUCGCCCUCGUCCUCCUCUGCGCCUCCAAGGUCGCCGCCGCCUCCGCCGCCAAGGCUCUCGCCCUCGCCUCCGCCCGCGCCGACCGCGCCCUCCGCGAGGCUGCUCUCGCUAGAAAGAGGGCCAGGGACGCUCUCGACUAUUGCUCCCUUCUCGAUAAGGUUAAGCGCCUCGAUGUCUCACAAGACAGAAAUUUGGCAACUGCUCCCAAUGCUGCGUCUAAAAAAGAUGAGUUUAAUAGAUUUGCAGCAGGACAGGUUAAGGUUAUGGCUCCUUCCGAGGAAACACCAUUGCAUCGCCCUAAUGAUCCCCAAGUUAGGGAUUCCAGAACGGAGUGGCCAGGGUAGGGGGCAUUUUGUAAAACCAUUCCUAAUUUUCAUCAAGGUAGAGGAAGAGAGUGACUGUCUUGCGUGUAAUUCAGAGUAAGAACACAUUUAACUUGUUUUGGGAUGUUUUUUCCUGAACAUGCGGCUGAUACAUUUCAUUUAUCCAUUCCAUUUCUUUGUAUACCAAUGUGAUUAUACAAUUCUAUUUCUUUUUAAGUGCCCGGCUGUAAGUAUGUUAUGCACAUUUUCCCCCCUCUUAGUGAUUAUCAGAUGUUAGUCCAUUCUUAUAUAUCUUUCUUCUUUUUCUUUCAUAAGUGAGUGAUUGGUGUCAGAUUACUUUGGUUAUCUUGGAUUGAUUAGUUAUCAAUUUUGAGAUUGGUUGGAUUUAGGAAUUCUUUUUAAUUGGGGGGAGAUUUUGGUUCAUACUUGGGUUUAAGUAGCUGUGUGUUGUAUAUAUUUGGGAACCGGUUAAUUUGCUAGAGUUGUUUGUUGGAGUAGAGUAAAUUUAACUAUGUUUAGUAUUGUUUAUGUUUCUGCUUACCCAGCUGUUGGGUUUGCUGGCACUUGGGAGUAGGUUGUAUACCAAAUAAACUGUUUUAAACGAGGGGAUCCUCCAAUGACACUUGAUGUUCUGUUUUAAUUCUCAUGGUAAAAUUGAUCUCAGUGGCCUUAUUGUGCUGUAUGUUUGAGACAUGCAUAUGAUUAUUUUGAAUUCUCGGCUCUUAGAUGCUUUCUGCUCACAUAUUACUGUCUUCCCGAGAGAUAAAAUCAGAGUGUUAGUCUUUCUUUCUAGGUAAUCUUACGAAUCUGAAGUUGAUGUUCUCUCAAGACAGCUUAUUAUGCAUGUAUGCACUCCUUGACUUGGGGAUGUCAUACUGUUGUUUAUGUUGCUUUCUUGUCAUACUGGCAUUUGAUUAUUUCACGGAGUGUUGGUUGUCAAAUUCUGCUGCUUCCCUCACAGUAGAACAGGACAUUUUUUUUUUCUAUUUUUCCUUUUUCUGGGUAGGAGGGGUGGAGAGGGUUGUUUAAAUUCUGCUUAGGUCCAUAUGUUUUUUUUUUGGUUCAAGGAUACUAUCAUAUUAUUAUCUUCAAACUGAUAGUUAGAAACUAGUUCUUUUAAAGGUGUAGAGAUUAUUGAAGUGAGUUUUGUCUAUUCUAACAAUUUUUUUUUUUGUUCACGUAGUCAAGAAUCAAACCCCAACAAUAUUCUUAAGGAUUCAAUCAUCUAUUAACUGUGUUUGACCUUGUUGGUGGUUGUUGAUCGUUUAUUAUCGCGAGUAUUAUAUUUCAGUGCCACAGACAAUUUAAGAUGGUAUUUGAUAU